AAUGCAAUGACCUGUAGUGCGGUGCGUUAGAUAAUCGGAGCGCCGAGAUAGAGAUCGGGUGAAAACAUCUCCUCUAACAGCUGAAGGAGUUCUCUCCUACGUUCACUUUUCACGAAUCGCACGGGGAGGGAAAUUCUACGCACACACGGGGUACCCACAUAAGGCAGAACCAGUUUUUCGUAACACCAGUUUCUGCGACUUUGUCAGUGGGGAGUUGCUUAAAAGGAAAAUCUUUUCACCGUCCCGGGGACAGUUGCUUUGGACCGCUUGUGUUCUCCACUGUAGUGGAGCGAUUGUUGAAGGAUGUCCUCGGUGGUACGGCGUGUUGUGUUGCUGGUGAUGUGUCUGCUGCUGUUAGAAUCUCGAGCCUCCGACAUACUGAACGAUGCGCACGUUUAUCGUGCGUUCGCUUCGUACGAGGUGGUUCCCGACGUGAUCGACGAGGCACCCGAUUGUUGGGCCCGUGUAUCGUUCAAGAGUGGCCGCCAGGCGGAGGGUGGUAAUCGUCUGACACCGACCCAAAUUCGAAACCCACCGGUCGUCACGUUUAACUCUAACGAACGCGCACUGUACACGCUCAUCCUGACCGAUCCGGACGUGCCAUCGCGUGACGAUCCUCGGUACAGGGAGUUUAUCCACUGGGCGGUGGGAAACAUCCCGGGCAACGAUAUCGAUCGUGGAGAAACACUCGUCGAGUAUCUGGGCGCUGUAACGCCCCGCGGCACGGGAUUGCACCGGUUUGUGCUGCUCGUGUUUGAGCAUCUGCAGAAGCUGGACUUUUCGGCCGAACCAAGAAUCUCGGCCCAGUGUGGUACGGUGCGGCGGUACUUCUCGACGCGCAACUUCACGCGCAAGUACGAGCUGACCAACCUGUACGCGGGCAACUUCUUCCAGACGCAGUACGACGAUUACGUGAACACGCUGCAGGCCCAGCUGCGUGAAUGUGAGAGCGAGCGUUCGCUGAACGAGCUGAACGGAGCACGUAAUGCAACCGUGUUUGGCGGUCCGUAGUGGUGCAGUUUUAAUGCAAAUGCUGUAGGCUAGUUGCGGUUCAGAUGCGGCAGAGGGAGUAGUCUAUGGGCUAUGGAGUUAUAGGUGAUGUGUAAAAAAAAACGAUAGUAUAAGCACUUUAGGGAUAAUUAUUAUGUCUAGUGUAAAAACAGCGUUGGGUUGUUCAACAUGCUUCAAAUGAAAUUUUCGAUUAACAUAAUUCAAUAAACAAAACAAAUACAAAUAUUAUGUCUAUAUGGAAAUAUGAGCAAUAUGCCAUGAUCGUAUUGAAUGCUGCCAGUAAGAUUUGUAUUAAUAACGAAAGAGCUUCACCAGCGGUAACGGAUUUUUACAAAAUUAUAUUUAAAACUGGAGUCCAUCAGCGUGGUUCAGGCAAAUUCUAAUGUAACCAUAGCAACAGUUUGCAAAGCACUACAAAUGCGAAAAGAUUUGCGACAUUUGCACGGUUUCACCCCGAUGCAAUUUCGCGCUUCUAUUAUUCUGACAGCUCUGGUUGAAGUGCCGAUAUAUCGAAUUCCCAAAGAACAAAAUCUUGUGCAGGUGUUAUUCAGGCCAACGUAUAGCAAAAUAAACAAACA